UCCGGUCCGGUUGCAAGAUGGCUGCGUCCAGUGGUCGAUUUCAUCCUCGUGAGCGGCGCAGUGAACAGGAACAAGACUGGGAUGCUGUGCAGCCAAAACGGCCCCGACUCGGAGCAGGAAGCAAGGCUGGAGGCUGUAGGCUCAUUGUGGUGCUGGAAGGUGCUAGUUUGGAGACAGUCAAGGUAGGGAAGACAUAUGAGCUACUCAACUGUGACAAGCACAAGUCUAUGUUGUUGAAGAACGGACGGGACCCUGGGGAAGUGAGACCAGACAUAGCCCACCAGAGUUUAUUGAUGCUGAUGGACAGUCCCCUGAACCGAGCUGGCUUGCUACAGGUUUACAUUCACACCCAGAAGAAUGUGCUGAUUGAAGUGAACCCCCAGACUCGAAUUCCGAGAACCUUUGACCGAUUCUGUGGCCUCAUGGUUCAGCUUUUACAUAAACUCAGUGUCCGAGCAGCAGAUGGUCCUCAGAAGCUAUUGAAGGUAAUCAAGAAUCCGGUGUCAGAUCACUUCCCAGUUGGAUGUAUGAAAAUUGGCACUUCUUUUUCCAUCCCAGUUGUUAGUGAUGUGCGAGAGUUGGUGCCCAGCAGUGACCCUAUUGUUUUUGUAGUGGGGGCCUUUGCCCAUGGCCAGGUCAAUGUGGAGUACACGGAGAAGAUGGUGUCCAUCAGCAACUACCCUCUUUCUGCUGCCCUUACCUGUGCAAAACUGACCACAGCCUUUGAAGAAGUAUGGAGAGUUAUCUGAGAAGAAGAUCUUUGUUCCAAAACAAAGACUGCCAUUCCUUGACUUUUCUGAGCUAACUGCUGAGAAAUGGCUUUCCUGCCUUAAGACUGUGGAGUUUGGGGAAGCCAGGGCUGUACAUUGCUGUUAGUUUAUCUUAUAAAUAUUGUUGUU